AUGGCGGAGGCCCUGCCUGGGCUCAUCUGGGACCUCGGCCAGCAGCUGGGAGACCUCAGCCUGGAGUCUGGGGGACUGGAGCAGGAGAGUGGGCGCAGCUCAGGCUUCUACGAAGACCCCAGUUCUACUGGCGCUCCGGACUCGCCACCUUCAACCUUCUGUGGGGACAGUGGCUUCUCUGGAUCUGGCUCCUAUGGACGCCUGGGUCCUUCUGAACCCCGGGGCAUCUAUGCCAGUGAGCGACCCAAGUCCCUAGGAGAUGCCAGUCCCAGCACAUCCGAGGCAACAGUGGGUGCUCGGGCCGCCGUGCCGCGCUCCUUCUCUGCGCCCUACCCGACGGGCUCCGAGGCCUGCUCCUCGGCGGAGCGGCGGGGACCCCCGGGCGGCGGCGGGGGCUACGGGGAGAGCGAAUCCAGCGCCAGCGAGGGCGAGUCCCCGGCCUUCAGCUCUGCCUCCAGCGACUCGGACGGCAGCGGUGGCCUGGUGUGGCCGCAGCAGCUGGUGGCAGCCACCGCAGCCUCUGGGCCUGGGGGUGGUGCAGGUGGAGGGGCACCCGCCGGCCCCGCCAAGGUGUUUGUAAAGAUCAAGGCUUCCCACGCGCUCAAGAAAAAGAUCCUGCGUUUCCGGUCGGGUUCACUCAAGGUCAUGACUACAGUGUGAGUUUAGGGGUUCGCUUGGGCUCCCCCUUCGUGGCCUCUGCACCUCCGCACGCCCACUCACUAACCCUUCACUCCUCCCUUCCAAAGACUAGUUUUCUCUGCUUCCAAAGACCCUUAUGCCUCCCUCCCUCCACAGCCAUAGCCGUUAAACCCCACCACCACUAGAAGAGGGAGGAAUGGGGGAGGGGAGCCCUGUGGGACCCCCCCCCCCAUUCAACUCUGGGAGCCCUUGGGCAAGAAAAUUCCCAUUCUCUGGGCCUCACUUUUCUCAUCUGUACAAUGAAUGCCCCUGUAUGCAGAAGGUGGGGGGAUUCCGUUGUGAAAUUCCCUAUUUUAGUUUAGACACCUUUCAUUUCUCACGGAGGCCCCCCACCCCUCAUUCUUCGUUUCAAAAGCUCCUUUCUAUGGGCCCCUCUCAUUCACAAAGUGCCCCUCACCCACCUCAUGACACUUGGCACCCAAUUAGAGACUCUUGUGUCUGACCCAGGCGGUGUCUGCAGAGUGUCCUGGGAAGGGAAGGAGCGCUGACUUUGGGGUUUUGAGGGUCAAGUAGGAGUUGGAAGCACCUGGAAAAGAAGAACUCUUUCACCUCUAUUCCCUGGACGAUCCAGGGGCCCUGGGAGGUGGAAAAGAGGAAGGAGGAUGGAAAAGACACCUCCCCUUAUGACAGGGAUUGUGGGGGGGGCAGGAUGACUCAGCUGUUCCAAUCCAGUAUUUUAUUUUUCUUCUUUGAAAUAAAAACGGACUGUAUUUAUUAUGACGAUGGUGCCUCCCCGGUGCACAGGGGGGCCAGAUUCCGUGUGUUUCUGUAGCCUCUUUGUAAAUAAAUGCACAGUGUAUAACA